UCUCUCUCUCUCUCUCUCUUUAUUUCUGUGACAAGUGCCGUGAGCCCGUGAGAAAACCACUCAUCAUAUAAAGAUCUCUGAACUCUCUGACCCCAAAAUACAAAAAGAGCUUUUUGCAAAGGCUCUCUCUCUCUCUCUCCCACAUCAGAAUUCUCAUUCUGAUUUUCCACGGAAACGAACGGUCCUGAUCAACCCUGCUGUCCUUUCUCUUCAUCUGCAAACUCCACACCCCUUCCUUAUCUUCAUUCAUAUUCCCUCAAACCUACAAACAGUUACCAUCAUCACUCUUGAGUGAAAACACCAAAUGGGUGUGCAUAGCAAUUUAUCUCCUUCUUCUUCUUCCCUUGCUGUUUUGCUAAUCACACUCACAACCCUGCAACUACUUGGAGCAGAAUCAAAGACCUUCUGGGGAGACAUAGAAGCUCUCAAGGAGCUCAAGAACGCUCUGGACCCCACCUCAGUGAGCCCAGGCUCAUGCAUAAGCUCAUGGGACUUCAAGCUCGACCCCUGCGACAAUCUUUUCAGCGACCGAUUCACCUGCGGCUUCAGGUGUGACCUGGUCGACUCAGCAACGAGUCGAGUCACCGAGCUCAGUCUCGACCAGGCCGGUUACUCCGGUUCGCUCUCCUCCAUCUCCUGGAACCUCCCUUACCUCCAAACCCUCGACCUCUCCAACAACUUCUUCUCCGGCUCAAUCCCGGACUCGCUCUCCAACCUGACUCGGCUGACUCGACUCGGUCUCUCCGGAAACUCCUUCUCUGGCUCCAUACCCGCAUCCAUCGGAUCACUCUCCAACCUCGAGGAGCUAUACCUCGACAGCAACGGUCUCCAUGGCGCAAUCCCACCGAGUUUGAAUCGGCUGGCGAGCUUGAAACGACUCGAGCUCCAAGGGAACCAACUCAGCGGCGAGUUGCCCGAGUUGGGUUCUCUGCAAAACCUCUUCUACCUGGACGCCAGCAACAACGCCAUUUCUGGGCAAAUCCCAUUAACCCUCCCGAGCUCUCUGCUCCAAAUCUCCAUGAGAAACAACCGCUUGCAAGGAACAGUCCCGGAAAAUAUCAAACACUUGGGUUUUUUGCAGGUGCUCGAUCUGAGUCACAACCAACUCGGUGGCUCUGUUCCCUCUUACCUCUUCGAGCAUCCAUCACUCCAGCAACUCACCCUCUCUUUCAACCAAUUCUCGUCCGUACAGCCCCCAGUUUCUCUGGGCAUCCAGAGCGAGCUGAUUGCCCUGGACCUCAGCAACAACCAGCUCAAAGGGCUCCUGCCAUCUUUCCUGCCCAUGAUGCCAAAGCUCUCUGCUUUGACAUUGGAGAACAACAAGUUCAUGGGUAUGAUUCCGACCCAGUACGCCUUCAAAGUGGCCCUACCCGGAUCCGGAGUCUCGGCGUUCGAGAGGUUGUUGCUGGGCGGGAAUUACUUAUUCGGACCCAUCCCGGGUCCGUUGCUGGUGCUCAAACCGGGUUCUGCAAAUGUGGGUUUGGCCGAUAACUGCUUGUACAGAUGCCCAAGAGUUUUCUUUUUUUGUCAAGGUGGUGACCAGAAAUCGCUCUCUGAGUGCAGAAGCUUCGGCCCAAUAAUCCCAUGAUCAAAACGUUAUUAUUUGUAACAUUAUGACAUAAAAAUUACUAAUUUUGAUUGCUUCCUCUCGUUCUGUUUUUGCUUCUUUUUUUUUCUUUUUUUGGGUUUUUUAUUUAUUUUUAUUGGAUUAUUUUUUGAAGUGGGAAAUCUUGUGUUAAAUACUGUAGUAAUGAGAAGGGUCGUCCUUGUCUGGUGGUACAUGACCAAAGUAAA